AUGAACCUCCUGUCGUCUUUGAAAGGCCAGCAAAAGUCCUCUCUCACGGGAGAAGGCGGCACGCUCCUCCUGAUCAAUGGGACCGCCUACACCUGGAAGAAGGGAAACAGCAACAGCUACCAGAUGACCACAUGGAGUUUUCCUAAAGAGGUCCAACCUGGUGACAUCGCGUCAGUAUAUAUACAGUUCAAGCAGACCAUCGGCACCGUCCGGUCGGAUACCAGUGGCUUCUGCAAUUACGCACUGAAAGGCACUCAAGCUCGCUCAUUCCGCAUCGAAGUCAAGGAUGCGCCUUCCAAUCUCAAGGUCCAGCUCCAGAAUAUCCAAACUCCAAACAAUCCCAAAGGCAGUUGGAUUCAGCUUGGAUGGCGGCAUGAUGGCGUCGUCUCCUUCAUCCUCUCCGGCAAGGAGGGAAGCUUUUCAUCGAGCAACCCGCCACACGACUGGAUGCAGCAAAAUCUGCGAACUCUAGGGCCGAGACCUCUCCAUAAGAUUUGUAUGCCUGGCACUCACGAUGCCGGGAUGGGAGAAAUUACUCACACGGACGUCAUUCCCGCGGACAUCAUGGCCGACUUUGCACAGACCCAGUCUCUGACCAUCAUUGGACAAUUAGAAAUGGGCUCGCGAUACUUCGACAUCCGGCCCGAAAUCUCUGGCGGCGAGAAUUGGACCGGGCACUACACCGGAAAACUCGGAGCGCGCGGGCAGAAGAUGUCCUCGAUCAUCGACGACAUCAAUACCUUCACCCAAAAGUGCGCGGAACUCAUUAUCCUCAACCUCUCUCACAGCUUACAGACAGAUCAAGGCUGGCGCGAAUACGACCAGGCUGAAUGGAACGCUCUCUUCGCCGAACUAAUACGCCUCAACUACCGAUUCAUCCUGACUGGAUCCGAGGCGAAAGAUCUCAGUCUGCUACCUCUCUCGCGGUUCAUUGGUUCCGGUCAUGCUGCCGUGGUGAUUGUCGUCGAAGCACCCAGCCACAUCAACCUCAGCGCCUACGGCGACAAGGGAUUCUACCUGCCCUCCCAACUCAAUGUGUACAACGAGUACUCGAACACAAACGAUUGUGUGGAGAUGGUGCAAGACCAGGUCCAAAAGAUGGAGAAUUUCAUGAAAAGUUCCGACAAGCGCCUGUUUUUGAUCUCGUGGACCCUGACCCAGCAGCCGCCCGAUGUCACGCCGGAAGACUUCCUCCCCCCUAAUACUCUAGUGGGAUUGGGGAAGAUUGCCCAGUGGAAAAUCGACAAUAAGACAAUAAGAAUACUGGCGUACUCGGCAAAUAAGGCGCUGCUGACCGAUUUGCUGCCUCAUGUCAGUCAAGCCGCGUUCCCGAAUAUCGUGUACAUUGAUUACAUGGAGAUCAAAGAUUAUGUUGCGCUGGCAAUGGCUAUCAAUGAUCGGGCCUUUACGAAUGCAUAA